UCAAUAUUAUAUAUAAAUAGAUGGGUGUUCUUAGUUAGCCAGUAUCGUUCUCCCACCCAAAGCUGACAGCACCACCGAAGCACCACCGUCGACCGUCAUGGAAGAAGCUAAACAGAGAGAACAACAAGAAGAAGCAGGAUCUCCAACGCCCCAUGUUCUAAUGAUGUCAAGUCCGGGAAUGGGUCAUCUAAUCCCACUCAUCGAAUUCGCCAAACGUCUCGUCUUCCUCCACCGCUUCACCGUCACUUUCGUCAUCCCUUCCGGCGAACCUCCUUCCAAGGCCCAAAUCUCUGUUCUCAAUUCCCUGCCCUCCGCCAUCGACCACCUCUUCCUCCCGCUCGCUCCAUUAAACGACCUCCCAACCGAAGCCAAAGCCGAAACCAUCAUCUUCUACGCCGUUACUCGCUCUCUUCCUUCUCUUCGCGACCAUUUCAAAUCCAUGGUUACCCAACUCAACCUCGUUGCCUUCGUCGUCGAUCAAUUCGGCACCGUCGCCUUCGAUGUCGCGAGAGAAUUCAACGUCCCGCCGUACAUUUACUUACCCUGUGCCGCCACCACACUCUCGCUCAUUCUCCACAUAUCCAAACUGGACGAAUCGAUCGUUGGCGAGUAUGUCGACCUCACGGAGCCGAUCAGACUUCCGGGAUGCAGCCCAAUUCCAGGAAAGGAAUUGCCCGAUCCGUUUCUUGUCAGGGAAGAUGAAUCGUACAAGCUUUUUAUCGACACCAUGAGCAGGUUUGUAUUAGCAGAGGGGAUUUUUGUCAACAGCUUCCCGGAAUUAGAACCCAAUCCCAUAAAUGCUCUGCAAUUGGAGAAAUCUGGGAAGCCCCCAAUUUACCCAGUUGGUCCACUGGUGAAAAUCGAUUCGAGUGGGAGUGAAGAAGGGAUUGAAUGUUCGGAUUGGCUGGAUGAACAACCACAUGGGUCUGUUCUGUUUGUAUCGUUCGGAAGUGGGGGGACUCUGUCCCGUGUUCAAAUGAAUGAAUUAGCGAUGGGAUUGGAAUUGAGUGGCCAGAAAUUCAUAUGGGUUGUUAGAAGCCCAAGUGAUAAAGAAGCAAACGCAUCGUUUUUCAGCGUCCAUAGCCAGAAUGAUCCACUAAAGUUCUUGCCGGAGGGGUUUGUCGAGAGAACCAGAGGAAGGGGAUUAAUAGUGCCGUCGUGGGCUCCACAGGCUCAGAUACUCAGCCAUGGUUCCACCGGCGGGUUUCUGAGCCACUGCGGUUGGAAUUCGACAUUGGAGAGUUUGGUUAAUGGAGUUCCCAUAAUUUCUUGGCCGCUUUAUGCAGAGCAGAGACUAAACGCCAUUAUAUUAACAGAGGAGAUUAAGGUGGCGUUGAGGCCGAAGAUGAACGAGGAAAGUGGGAUUAUUGAGAAGGAAGAGAUUGCGAAAGUGGUGAAAUCUCUGUUUGAAAGCGAAGAAGGGAAGAAAGUGAGAGAGAAAAUGCAGGAGUUGAGAGUUGCAGGGGAAAGGGUUCUUGGAGAAGGAGGAUCUUCUUCAAGAACGCUCUUGGAAGUGGUUCAAAAAUGGAGGAGCAACAACAUUUCUAGGUAGAAUUAUUGUGGGUUUUAUAACUACUUUUAAAUUGUUUUCCUCAAAAAGCAUCAUUAUUGUUUAAUGCAUAAUAAUGUUGUAAUGUAUUUUGUCAUGUGUUUUUAGAAUUUUAUCCUCUUUGUGUUAACUUUUAUGCUUCUUUUCAAUAAGAUUGUAAGAAAAUGGAGUAUGUAUGAACUAUUAAAUAAAUCAUGAUUUAUGGUAA